CCAAAUACUAAAUACUUUAUCAAACACUGUCUCGAUCUCAAAAUUUACGAGUGAUAUUUAAACUUUUGUAUGUUUUGUAAAUUACGCAGUUGAGUGAAAUUAUUGAUUUAGUGUAUGAUUAAAUUAACGCAUCGUAACCCUCCUCAAAACUGUUUAUUCCUUGAUCAUGGCCGUAAAUCCGUAAGUUUAGACCGGAUUCCUCUGACUCUCGCUCCAUUUUACCGGUACUUGUUGCUGGAGAUGCAAAGCUCGGUCUCCGACCCGGCUCUGCGGCCUGUGAGCCGCACCUCCAUUUCCUCUCAGCCACCAGUGGCCUCCAAGCCGGCGGCCGGCGCCAGCGGCCCCUCGGUGAGCUGUGCUGCCGCCGGCCGGGCCGUGCGCUCUCUGCGCCGGGCCGUGGAGCGCAGCGGCGCGCGGCGCGCAGAGCGCAGCUGGGCCGAGCGCAACUUCCCGCGUGUGCGCCGCGCCGGCGGCGGCGCCAGUCGGCUGGCGGCCUGCGCGGGCCUGCUGGCGCGCGAGGAGGAGCCGCGGCAGGCCGCCGACAGGGCGCUCGGCCGGGAGGUGGCGCCCGACCAGUUUGUGCUCGCCGUCAAAAGGACAACAGGCGGGCUCAGUUACACGUUGGGCAGUCUGCGCGGAGGCAGAGGUUUCUUCGUGCACCCGCCGCUGCCGUCCGACCGUCGUCCGCCGCUCGAAUUGCUGACCUCACGGCAGCAGGAGGUCGCCCGGCGCCGCCAGCGACAUCUACAGCAGCGGGUGGCCCAGGCGCAGGCCCUGAGCCGCCGCCGCCGGCCGCCGGCCGCCGCCGCUGACCUGCAGACGGGAGAUGCGCCGCCGCCCCCGGCAGUGGUGUCCGACGCUGCCGCCAGGGCGGCGCCACCGGAGUUCACCGAGGUGCCGCUGUGGGAGGAUCCCCAGGAGCUUCCCGAGAAGCGGCCGCGGAAACACCGGAAACACAAGGACAAGCACUCGGAGAGAGACCUGUGGCAGAGGAUCGCCGGCUUCCUGGGCGGCAAGGCGCCGGCGCCGGCCGGCCGGGCGCGCCUCGGCGGGCACGAGCCGCUACAGAGUCAUAGCGCGGAGCUCCACCCGUGUCCGGAGUCACUGAGCCUGCCGAGUCAGAGUCGGGCCGGCCGCAGAGUCAGCAGCGACGACUCGGAGUCGUCGGCCCGCGGCGCGGCGCAGAGGGGGCGCAGCCGACCCCCCGGCCACUGACUGCGACACGGUGCCGGCCCUGGCGGGGACCCGGCCCGACCCUGGCGGGGACCCGGUCCGGUCCGUGGCGGGGACCCGGUCCGGUCCGGCCCUUGGCGGGGGCGGGGGCGGGGGCGGGGGGGGGGGGGGGUGGCGGUCUGUGGCGGGGACCCGGCCCGGCCCUGGUGGGGACCCGGCCCGGCCCUGGCGGGGACCCGGUGCCUGUCUCUGCUGUGAGUACUGUACUCUGAACAGGGUCCUGAGCUCUGUGACCGCGCCGGCGGACCGGUCAGUACAGGGGGCGGGUCAUGUGACCCUGUCAGUACAGGAACCGGUCGGGCCGUGUGCCAGUGCCAGCGCCACCUAGUCGCCAGUGUAUGUACCGGGACUCCGCUGUGGUCAAUACACGUCUGGCACUGCCGCGA